AUGACUCUUCCAAUAAUGAUCAACUCAUCAGUACUUCACAACAACCUGACACAAGAGUCCUUCACAAACAGUAAAGUGACUGUGUACACAAUGUGGAUCAUUACAGCCUUGAUAAUAGUGGGGUUCUGCUUCUUCUUCUACUAUGUCACAGUGAUGCUGAACGUCUUCUUCCUAACACCAGAGCUCCAGCAGACUGCUCGCUACGUUCUGUUUGUUUGUAUGCUCAUUAAUGACACAAGCUAUUUAAUUGUGACAUUUUUCAUGAUGUUUGCAUCAUUAUAUUUAUUAUAUGUCCCUGUGCCACUUUGCUACAUUUUGUACACUGUUUCUGCAAUGACAUUUAGAGUAACUCCAUACAACCUGGCAGCCAUGGCUGUAGAGCAAUAUGUCGCCAUUUGCUACCCACUGCGACAUGCCCAGCUGUGCACCCCACAAAGAGCCAAAGCUGCUUUCACCAUUAUAUGUUUGGUGCUGAUGAUCCCGUAUGUUGCUGAGUUAUGCGUCAUGUUCUCAUCAUUUACAAAUAUAUUCCAUCUCUAUAUUGUAUGUGGACUGCGAAGUCUGAUAGUGAAUAACUUUCAAAAUAUUAUUAGAUCCAUUGAUCUCAUAUUGUGUUUCAGCUCUGUGGGACUUGUCAUCAUAUUUACAUAUGUGAAGAUUAUGCUGGUUGCCCUAAAAGCAAGUUCUCAGUCAUCUUCUGCUUCCAAAGCCGGGAAGACAGUUCUGGUCCACACCUUCCAGUUUCUCCUAUGCCUGGGGUCCUUAGUGAAUACGCUUACACAGGCAUUUUCUCUCCAAGCAGCAGCGCCGAUACACGUGACAAACUUUUUUAUUUUUACCUAUGUGCCGCGAUUUCUCAGUCCUUUAAUCUAUGGAAUCCGGGAUGAUGUGUUGAGAAAACAUUUUAAAAAAAUUGUACUAAAUUUAAUCUCCACCAGGGAAAGACUUGAUACUGGCAGUAACAUAAAAACCUGGCGGGUGAGCGCCAAAAGACGCUGCUAA